ACUAUAAUCAUUAGCUCUCCCUUCGUUGUUGCAAUGGGGCGGUAGCUAAAAAUCUUUGGCUCACAAAUAUGUGGCCAAAAUUUAAGCCAACUAAACUAAGGUGUCUCAAUAGCCAACCUCAUUCCAAUGGGUUUUAUUCAUGUCAUUUUCCCAUGCCAGAAAACAAUUGGUCGGCCAUAAUUCAUUAUAUUUAAAUAUCCUGGAAAUUAAAAUUUCAACAACUAAUUUAUUCAUUUAUACUUAUCCUACUUGGGAUAUAAAAAACGGCCCCAUUAACUCACCAAAACCAUAGAGUUUUCUUCCCUUGGCUUACAAGUUUCAUUGUUUAUCAGAGCAAGAAAAAGAAGGGAAAAUGGAAGGGAAAGAAGAAGAUGUUAGAUUGGGAGCUAACAAGUUCUCAGAAAGGCAACCUAUUGGGACAGCAGCUCAGUCCCAAGAUGAUAAGGAUUACACUGAGCCACCCCCAGCACCCUUGUUUGAGCCUAGUGAGUUGACUUCAUGGUCGUUUUACCGAGCUGGAAUCGCUGAGUUCGUUGCUACUUUCCUAUUCUUGUACAUCUCGGUGUUGACUGUGAUGGGAGUCCUUAAGGACAAAACCAAGUGUACAACUGUUGGGAUUCAAGGGAUUGCUUGGGCUUUUGGUGGUAUGAUCUUUGCUCUUGUUUACUGCACUGCUGGUAUCUCAGGUGGUCAUAUAAAUCCGGCGGUGACAUUUGGGCUGUUCUUGGGAAGGAAAUUGUCUUUGACAAGGGCAAUAUUCUACAUGGUGAUGCAGUGCUUGGGAGCUAUAUGUGGGGCUGGUGUGGUUAAAGGGUUCAUGGGGAAGACAAGGUAUGGUGCUUUGGGUGGUGGAGCUAACUCUGUGAAUCAUGGCUACACCAAGGGAGAUGGGCUUGGUGCUGAAAUUGUUGGUACCUUUGUUCUUGUUUACACUGUGUUCUCAGCCACUGACGCCAAGCGCAGUGCCAGAGACUCUCACGUCCCUAUUUUGGCACCAUUGCCAAUUGGGUUCGCAGUGUUCUUGGUACACUUAGCCACCAUCCCAAUCACAGGAACUGGUAUUAACCCAGCUCGUAGCCUUGGUGCGGCCAUCAUUUUCAACAAGGACAAGGGCUGGGAUGACCAUUGGAUUUUCUGGGUGGGUCCAUUCAUUGGUGCAGCACUAGCAGCACUUUACCACGUUGUUGUGAUCAGAGCCAUUCCUUUCAAAUCAAAAUGAUCUACAUCAAUGGUCAUGAUCAUAUGAUUUCAAGAAAGUGAAAGUUCCACUCAUGCACCCUUUCAGUUUGUUUUUCCAUUUUUUUUUGUUUGCAUGCCUUUUGUAUUUGGAUGUAAGAAUCUGUAAUAUAUUGCUCCAAAUUUAAGUAAAGUCCAAUAUAAAUGUGCUCUCUUUCAAAAAAUUUGAAGCAUAGUUUAAGGCAGCCUUGAGAAGUUAAACAACAAAUGGAACAACUUUGAGGUUGAACUUCAA